UUAAAAUGCGCCUUCUUCGCUAAAGUCAAGUGUUGUGUUCAAGGCCCGUGACGUUGACAUUAGUGACGGAAUAAAGAAAGACGACGGAGAAGCCGAGACCGGAGCGCUUCUCAUGUAAUUGAUCUGCCUGCUGAAUGUUCAACAAGUCCGCUCACGUGUUGUCUCCAGCGUCUACGAUGGCCUCGCUGGCGGAUGGCGGCGGCGGCGAAGGCAUAACGGCGCUGGGCUCGGAGCUGCCGGCCAUGUUUGACGGCGUGAAGAUGGCGGCGCUGGCAACCGUCCUCUACGUCAUCAUGCGCUGCCUCAACCUCAAGAGUCCGCCGUCGCCACCUCAAGUCAGCCACCAGGACACGCCGCUUACCCGCUACCUGCUCAAAUGCUGCCCCCUGUUGACCAAAGAAUACAUUCCGCCCCUGCUGUGGGGGAAGAGCGGCCACAUCCAGACGGCGCUCUACGGCAAGGUGGGCCGCGUGGGCACCCCGACGCCGCGCGGGGUCCGCAAGCUCCUCCCCAUGCAUGACGGGGCCACGGCCAGUUUUGACCUUUUUGAGGCGCUGGUUGAACACUGCACAAGAGAUGACAUCACCAUGGUCAUUUGCCCCGGCUUCGCCAACCAUAGCGGGAACGUCUACAUUCGCACCUUUGUGGAUCACUCCCAGCGGCAAGGCUACCGAUGCGCCGUCCUCAACCACUUGGGGGCCUUGCCUGACAUGGAGCUGACGGCGCCGCGCAUGUUCACCUACGGUUGCACGUGGGAGUUUGCUGCCAUGGUGAGCUACGUGAAGCAAGCGUUCCCCGGCACGCUGCUGGUGGCGGUGGGCUUCAGUCUGGGCGGCAACAUCGUGUGCAAAUUCCUGGGCGAGGACCCCGCCAAUCAGGAGCGAGUGCUGUGCUGCGUCAGCGUCUGUCAGGGCUACAGCGCCCUCAGAGCCCAGGAGACAUUCCUUCAGUGGGACCAGUGCCGACGGCUGUAUAACUUCGUCCUAACCGAAAAACUGAAGAAGCUCAUCUUGUCGCACAGGGAGAGCUUGCUGGGCGUGACCUCCAGCAACAUCAGCGACGGCGACCUGAGUCGACUGUGCGCCGCCACGUCGAUCACACAGAUCGACGACACCAUCAUGAGGAAGUUCCAUGGGUACAGCUCCUUGGAUGAGUACUACAAGCAGGAGAGCUGCGUUCGCUACAUGCACAAGGUCUCUGUGCCGCUUCUCCUGAUGAACUCGUCCGAUGACCCGCUCGUGCAUCGCUCCCUGCUCGCCAUCCCACGCACGCUCUCAGAGAAGAUGCCCAACGUGAUCUUCGCCCUCACCCAACACGGCGGCCACCUGGGCUUCUUCGAGGGGGCCGUGCUGUUCCCUCAGCCCCUUACGUGGAUGGACAAAGUCAUCGUGGAGUUCGCCGACGCCAUCUGCCACUGGGAGAGCAACCGGCUGCCCCGCCGCGCCGCAACCUGCCCCGAUUUGAGCCUGGGGUGCGCCGAGAGAGCGGAGGGAACGCCCGCCGCCUGGCCCUUGAUUUCGGCAUGAUGACGGUUGGAGGUUGGAACAUUUGUUUGUCUUUUUUACGGAUCGUAAGACCUCAGGUGGUUCCGCUGUAAAGUCUACUGAAAGGGAGGAGUAUUUUUUUUUUAAUUACUGCUGCAAUUUCCUUAUGUUGAAAUGUGUGAGUAUGACAUUGCGUUUUUCACAAAAUGACGUUGAUACUGUUAAGUGGCUUGCAACCGCUUUGGAAUACUCCUGAAACUGGAUCGGGUAUUUAUUGCAGGACGACAUUUUCACUAUGCACUUUAGACUCUUGGCGCGACUGUUUUGACUUUUUUUUUUCCCUCCAAUUGUUAAUGAUCUGAAUAAAGAAACUUCUUC